AUGGAUCCUAAAGAAAAUAAAAGAAGUUUAUGGGAGUCUGUUAAUUAUGAUAAAUAUCAGAAACAUGUUACAAUUUCUACUAUUGAUUCAACUACUGAAUCAUCAGAAGAGAUAGAUGAUAAAAUAGUUUAUAUGGAAGAUUUAGAAAAAAGAAAACAAGUAUAUGGAAUAUGUGGAGAAUGUAAUGAACCUGGUACAGGACAAGAUUGGUGGCAACCUUGUAAUGCUAAAAGAUUUAAGGAUAACUUUAAAAAUUGGACUAGUGGAAAUAAAAAUAUUGAUAAAUUUAUACAACAAUCACAAAUUAAUGCUGUGUACUAUCAAAAAUAUCUUGAAUGGAUACCUUUUGAAAAUUUUAAAAAUAUUACCUAUAUUACCAGAGGUGGAUUUGGUAAAAUUUAUUCAGCUAAAUGGCAUGAAGGAUAUCUUAAUUAUUGGGAUAUUGAAAAUCAAAAAUGGAAAAGGUAUAGCAGAAAAGUUGCAUUAAAAAGUUUGGAUAAUUCAUCUUGUAUAAGUACAGAAUUUUUAAAUGAGAUUAAAACUCAUCUUCAGAUUUAUCUUUUUGAUGUUAUUCAAUGUUAUGGAAUAACUCAAGAUCCAAAUACCAAAGAUUAUAUGAUGGUUUUAGAAUAUUGUGAAGGUGGAAAUUUGAGAAAUUAUUAUAUGAAUCAUGAAUCAGAUUAUUAUUCAAAAUUUGAUCAAUUAAGGCAAAUUGCAAGAGGACUUCUAGAUAUUCAUAAUACUGGAAAAAUUCAUAAAGAUUUUCAUUCAGGCAAUAUAUUAUAUUAA